UCAGGACUAGAAGAAGCUGUCUACAGGAACAUCCAGGCAUGCAAAGAACUUGCUCAAACCACCCGUACAGCUUAUGGACCAAAUGGAAUGAACAAAAUGGUUAUCAAUCAUCUGGAGAAACUUUUCGUUACGAACGAUGCUGCUACUAUCCUGAGAGAGCUGGAGGUCCAGCAUCCUGCUGCAAAAAUGCUUGUGAUGGCUUCCCACAUGCAAGAGCAAGAAGUUGGAGAUGGAACAAACUUUGUCCUUGUUUUUGCUGGAGUUCUUCUGGAAUUAGCAGAAGACCUUCUGAGGAUGGGGUUAUCCGUCUCAGAGGUGAUUGAAGGAUAUGAGAAGGCUUGCAAGAAAGCCCUAGAAAUUCUUCCAGACUUGGUGUGCUGUUCUGCAAAGAACCUUCGAGAUGUUGAAGAAGUGGCGUCUUUGCUGCACACUCCAGUGAUGAGCAAACAGUAUGGCAAUGAACGUUUCUUGGCAAAGCUUAUUGCUCAGGCCUGUGUUUCUAUUCUUCCUGAUUCUGGUCAUUUCAACGUUGACAAUAUCAGAGUGUGCAAAAUUGUGGGUGCUGGUAUUUCUGCUUCCUCAGUACUGCAUGGCAUGGUUUUUAAAAAAGAAACUGAAGGAGAUGUUACUUCUGUCAAAGAUGCAAAAAUAGCUGUAUAUUCCUGCCCUUUUGAUGGUAUGAUAACUGAAACUAAGGGCACUGUACUUAUAAAGAAUGCUGAAGAACUGAUGAAUUUCAGUAAGGGAGAAGAAAAUCUAAUGGAGUUACAAGUCAAAGCUAUUGCUGAUAGUGGUGCAAAUGUAGUAGUAACGGGUGGCAAAGUGGCAGACAUGGCACUUCAUUAUGCCAACAAAUACAAUCUUAUGUUAGUCAGGUUGAACUCCAAGUGGGAUCUGAGAAGACUCUGCAAAACUGUUGGUGCAACAGCCCUACCCAGACUGACUCCCCCUACUCUUGAAGAAAUGGGUCAUUGCAACAGUGUGUAUUUAUCAGAGGUUGGGGAUACUCAAGUUGUUGUGUUUAAGCAUGAAAAGGAGGAUGGUGCCAUUUCUACUAUCCUCAUUCGUGGAUCCACGGACAAUCUGAUGGAUGACAUAGAGAGAGCAGUGGAUGAUGGUGUCAAUACUUUCAAAGUACUAACAAGGGACAAACGCCUUGUUCCUGGAGGUGGUGCAACAGAGAUCGAAUUAGCCAAGCAGAUCACAUCUUACGGAGAGACUUGUCCUGGGCUUGACCAAUAUGCCAUCAAGAAAUUUGCUGAGGCAUUUGAAGCCAUUCCUCGAGCACUGGCAGAAAACUCUGGAGUAAAGGCUAAUGAGGUCAUUUCCAAACUCUAUGCUGUGCAUCAGGAAGGGAAGAAAAAUACUGGAUUUGAUAUUGAGGCUGAAGCUGCUGCAGUGAAGGACAUGUUGGAAGCUGGUGUAUUAGACACGUACCUCGGAAAAUUCUGGGGUAUCAAGCUAGCUACAAAUGCAGCAGUAACUGUCCUGAGGGUUGAUCAGAUCAUUAUGGCAAAACCAGCUGGUGGCCCUAAACCUCCAUCAGGAAAGAAAGACUGGGAUGAAGACCAAAAUGAUUGAACAGUUUAACCAUAUUUCUUAAGUGACAUGACUGUGUGAGCUUUUGUAAUAUCCCAGUUGGAGCCUGUCACAAUGUUUUGCUCUUGCCUUUAAGUUAUGAAGUGUCUAAUGGAGUGCAGAACUUAAAAGACUUCAAUAAAUGUACUCACUGUAAAAA